AUGGUUGGAACAUCCAAGAAGAACAGAAAUAAAAGAAGCAUUUUCAUUGAGUACGAAUGUCCACUUUUUCUUCCUCGUGACAUAUGGGUGAGGAUUGCCACGAAGGUUGUAUUGAAUUCAAUUCAGGAUCUGUUCAACAUGCAAGCGACUUACAAGGUGCUUCAGGAUGCAGCUAGGUCAGACAAUGUAUACAACCAUCCAAUGAUAUGGCAUAUAUCGUUAGUGUCCUUUUUAUUUUACUUUGACCAACCUGAAAGGAGGUUUGUUGAUUAUUGUGUGGAAGCAAGAAAUCUGGAUGCUAUACUCCGGCAUAGGAUGACGGAGUAUUUUUGGAUUGUCCACCGUGACCUUGGAAUGGAUCUUCUGACUAGGGCUACAACGGAGGGCAGCAUUGAAGCCGGUUACUUGUGUGCCAUGCUGCUACUGUGUAAUCACGAAGACGAAGUGUACAAGAGACGAAAUGUUAAAUUGUUUGAAGUUAUACGUACUUCUGGGGAGGUCAAAAGGUGUAGGGAGGUCUUCACAAAAAUUUUCGAGGAGUGGUCGGUGGAUGAAGGACCUUCGGAUCCUGAACAUCCCAUGGCUUGUUGGUCCACUAGUUGCCCUACCCGCGGCACCAUAGGUGACGUGCAAGAUGCGUCCAGUAUCUCGUAUGUGCACUGCUUCGAUGAUUACGAGGCGAGGGUCUUCUUGGAAAUGUUUACAUUUUAA